CGUUUAAGCGUGAUAAAGCGAGACAUUGUGCUUGCACAUAAAUCAGUAUCGUUAAAGCGGUUGUGUUUGUCGGAGGUAUAUCUCGAUACAGAUCCAAGACUCUAGCAAUGAAGAUGUUUCAGAAGGCUCUGUGUGUGGUCAUCUUGGCGUCGGCGGUCUACUGCAUGCCGACUGAAAUUGAGGCCAAAGCCAAAUGCGGAUCCUCGUUCAAGCUGACGCUAGAGGAAGAUUAUCGCGUGACCACUAAAUCUGUCGUAGACAACAACGAUACUUGCACGGUCAAGUUCACUUCGGAUACAAAGGGCGACUGUAAGGGCACGUGCUACAUGUUCGACCAUUACGCAGAGAUAUCGGACGACAAAGUGACAUUGAAAGUGGGCAAAAUGACCUAUCAGAAAGGAAGCGAUUUUCCGAACGAGCCCAUGUGCAUCGAUGACGUCACUGUCGACGUAGCGUUGAUCCACGCAGCGGGAUUCAUGUAUAACAAAACAUACCCAAACUACAAGUUCAAGUUGAACGUUUACAACAAGUGCGGACCGAAGGGCGAGGUUGUUAGUUUGACCUUCGAAGAAAUAGUCAAGGAUGUAGAUGGUUACCACUACGGCGAGGAGAAGACGACCCGCGAGAUGAGCCAGUUAAUCUAUGGAGUCCUGAUCGGGUUCGGAAUGGCCUCGAUGUUUCUUGUCAUCCUGGUCAUCGGCCACUGUUAUGUCCGCCAAAGCCCAAACCGCCGCCCCAGCCAUAGCCCUCUUCCCAAACUUGGCGCUAGGCAAAAGAUGACCCCUGGACAGCAGCCAGUUCAAGUAGAGAUGGGUGUCCGUUACAAGUCCACAGAUCCGGAUAGAGUGGCAGCUAAGCCCCUGGUUUCAGGCGGGAGCGGAGCAAGGAGUGAAGACGAAUAGAAUAAAUUGUUCAAACCGAGGUUGAAGAAGAAACCACCGAUGAAACAACGAAAGAAAAACGCUUGAAGAAAAGUCUGAGGUUGAUGUUAGAGAUAAAGAAAAGCUUGCUUCAGAUCUUUUAGAAUAUUUUAUUUUAUAUUUUAGUAAUGUAUAUGCGUGUCGUCUACAAUAUUUAAAACUUGUAUGAUCAUAUGAAGAUAUUUUAUGACCUAUAUAUUUUAACAUUGGACCAAUUUGAUCUUUUUAGCGUUUUACGUUAUCUUAAGAUAUGAUCAAUAUGUUGAUAUUUUAUGCAAUAUUUGGCAUUAGAUAAUUUUCGGGCUGAAAAAUUCGUUCUUAUUUUAAACGACACUUUUAUCAUGCAAUUUAAGAAAUAAUUCAGCUAAUGUUAAGUUUCGUUUUCUCGCAAAAACAAUGUUUGCAAGUGUUUUUUGAUGUUCUGCCACUAGUGGUGCUAGGUGCAUUGGUCAUUUUGAAUUGUUUCUACUUUUAACGUUUAACUAAUGACAAAAAUGUAUUUUUUCAUAAAACCUUUCCAUCAUGUGACGUUAUUGUGUAUUUAGAUAGAAAAUGUGUGUGUAAUGUAAAUAACGUUUAAAUAAUCUCAAGUUUUGUUUUGUGUUUUGUUGCAAUACAUCAUAUUGAUCUUCAUUCAGUACUUAAACUUUAAAUGCGAGUAUUUCUUUACCAUCCAUUUUUACAGUUUUAUCGUUCAAAUUAUUAAAUUAAAAUUAAAAAUCGUUAUAACUGUAUCAGAGUAAUAACAAAUGAAUGAAAGUGUUUUCCAUAUAAAACUGAUAUGAUUACUUUCAUUCCAACGAGUCUGCAUAUUUUUGAUACCAGUCAUUUACUAUUAGAAAGAAAAUGUGAUAUGAUGUCUUCCAAAUAAGUAUAAAGUUAAAGUCUUCCAAAGUAUUUGGGCAAGAAUCCUCAUAAACCCCUUAUAAAUCAUAAGGUUGGUAUGAACGCUUCAGAAGAAAUGAAAAUUGUAUAAACAGAAUGAAAGCAAUGGUGUCAAAGCACUUCUUUUUAAAUUUAUUAACUUACGAUAAAAUAUAAUUAUUGGAACCGGCAUCUUCGUGUGUAUAUUUGUCUUCCUUGUCAUAUAGAAGUGUUUUAACUAAUAACCAUCCAGAUAUAAAUGAUGGGGGGGGAUAAAUUCUUUGUGUUAAUCAGAAGUGUAUUUGUGUGUCUGGUUGUGUUAAGAGAUUUAAGUUCUUUUCAAUAACGUUUUAAGAACUUGUACAAAAAAAUUGUUUUACAUUUUAGUAAAUUUACAUGCUGUUUUUAUCUUGCCUUAUGUAUCGUAUGCUGUUUUCCUAUUCCUUUUAAAUGCGCAAACUGUAUGUGUAAUUUUGUAGUAAAUAUUUCAGCAAGCAUUUGUUGUUUAUUUGCUUAUAACCUUUGACGAGGCAAAAUACCCAUCAUUCCACAUAUAAAACAAUACAAAGAAAUAUAUAACUAAGUGGUUAAUGGUGAGGCAUGUUACGUCAUGUUAGAUAUCUGUACAUACAUAUUGUAAUUUAAAGAUACAGCAACAUUUUGUUUUGAUAAUAAGCACGUUUGGACGUAAUUGGAAAAAAAGCAACUUUAUCUUGCUUAGACCAUAGAUUGGGUUCUUACGGAGAAAAAUGUAAAAUUAUAGCUUAAUGACAUGGAGUUAUUUAUUGAAAAUGUACAUUUGAAAAGUAUAUAUCGAAUACAUUUAAAAGAUAUAUGUUAUAUGCUCCAAAUAUGAGGAUCGUCAUAUAAAAGAUGUGUAAACACACAAAAAACGUUUAUAAGAUCUAGGUGACUUAAUCUGUAUUAGAGCAAUAACAAUAAAUGUUUAAGAUGUGAAAUGUAUACUUCUUACGAAAAAGCCACACAUAAAGAAAAAACUUACAUGAUCAUGCGAAACGUUUCAUUUCAGUUAGAAAUGUACAUUUAUUAGUGUUCCUUAUUUUCAUAUAAUUAUGAUUGUAUAUCAUGUAGCAGUUAUACAAGAUUGCGUAGGUUACUUACACACGUAUUAAAAAAUAUAUAUACAAAAAAAACACAUAUAAAUAUAUGUACAAAUAGUACGUAUCAUAUUAAAGUUUUAACAACAUAUAUAAUGUUUAUACAACCUUGGUAAAUAAAUUUAUUGUAAUUA